GUAUGACGUAUGCAGACGAUGAAUUUGAAACACGCGCUUUGAAUGUUCGGUCUGUUUCUAAAAUAAGUGCGUUGCCUGUCUGUGAUAGUGAAUCUUGUUCUAAAUUUACGUUUCGGAACAGUGACAUACAUAAUAUACUAUUCAGAAACACUGCGCUAAAAGUAUUCAAAAUGCUUCCAGUUUCUUUUCGUCUCGCGUGCCGGUAUUCUCGUUUUUCGCGAUCAAUAUCGUAUAGAGGCGUGCUACAAGGUUAUGUACUUGGACUCUCAUCUAAGGUGUACAUCGCCACUGAGUCGAAAAAACUACAAGAAGAAAACUUUGUCAAUUUAGGGUUUAAAUAUUUAACACGUAAGACUGGGGCGCACGACAGUAAAAAUGCCAUGUUCCUAUGGAGCGAUCACACAAGUGGGUGAUUGCUCAAAAGUAAAGAAUACUGAUUGGGAAUCAACCGAAAAAGACCCAAUAUUAUAUAAUUCUAGGAAGAAGAGAACAAAUGAUCAUCUGGUGACAGCCACCACAAAUACAAAUGGCGGUCCAACGGAGCUGGAUACAUUCCUUCCCCAGGACAACUCGAACACAAAUGGAGUCACCAAAUAUAAGGUGACCAAAGGAAAUGAUCUGGAAGCAGCCAAUACAGAAUUUGACCCAUUUAAAAACAGGCAGAAUGACCACCCAACGACAAAUUUGAAUACAUUGACUCACCUGCUGAAGGCAUCUCUCGGCACAGGAAUCCUUUCCAUGCCAGCCGCGUUCCAGGCAGCCGGCUUAGCUUUAGGCAUCUUUUCCACAAUUCUCGUAUCUAUCAUCUGCACACACUGCGCCUAUAUUUUGGUUACAUCCGCCCAUGAAUUGUACAAAAGAGCACACAAAACGAAAAUGAGUUUCGCCGAUGUAGCUGAAGAAGCUUGCCUGAGAGGGCCAAAAUGGGCCAGAGGAUUCGCUGGACCUAUACGGCAACUCGUGUUAGUAGGCCUCUUCGUAACAUACUUCAUGACAUGCAGUUGCUACGCAGUAAUCAUAGCCAGAAACUUCAACUACGUCAUCGACUACUACGUGGGAUACACAACGGAGAUCAGAGUGACAAUAGCAGCCCUUCUGGUCCCCAUCAUCCUCUUGGUUUACGUACCCAACUUGAAGUACCUGGCACCAGUCUCAAUGAUCGCUAAUGUGUUCAUGGGCAUCGGUCUUGGAAUUACCUUCUACUAUUUGGUCACUGACGUGCCUCCUGUCUCAGAGAGAAACUUGGUCGCUGAUAUUUCCACUUAUCCUGUUUUCUUCAGUAUUACAAUCUUCGCGAUUGAAGCCAUAGGAGUGGUUAUGCCUUUAGAAAAUCACAUGGCGACACCCCAACACUUUGUUGGUCUGUGCGGAGUUUUGAAUCAAGGUAUGAGUGGAGUUACGUUGGUCUACAUGGUCAUCGGAUUCUUCGGUUAUCUCAAAUACGGUGAUCAGGUUGAAGGAUCCAUCACUUUGAAUCUACCCAAAGAAGCUUAUGCAGCACAAAUCGUCAACAUCCUAAUAGCCCUGGCGGUUUACGGUACUUUUGGACUUCAGUUCUAUGUGUGCCUUGAGAUUGCGUGGGAUGGCAUCAAGAAACGUUUCCAGGAGAACGCUCGUAUUGCCGAAUACACCCUUCGUACAAUCAUGGCUGUGAGUAAAGUACCCCUCCAAACAAUCAUCUUAUAGUGUGAUCAAAUUCUCGUAAACGGUAGUAUGUGUGGCUAUAGCAAUAGCAGUACCAACCAUCAUACCAUUCGUCGCUCUCAUUGGCGCAUUCUGCUUUUCCAUUCUGGGCCUGAUGGUACCAGUGGCCAUCGAGAUGCUGACAUUUUGGGACAAAGGUUUCGGCCCAUUCCACUGGAAAAUAUUUAAGAACAUCAUCGUUGUUGCAGCUGGUUUCUUAGCAUUAAUCUUUGGUUCCAAAUCCGCUAUUCAGGAUAUAGUUUAUAUGUAUCUAGGCAAUGGUACUGUAGCAAAAGAACCAAUCUUUCUAGGAAAUUUGACAUUAGUUGGCAAUUUCAGUGAGACCACGCCUUCUAGUUAAGGUUUUAGUUAUAUUUGAUAUACCUACUGUUUUUAUUUAUGUUUGAACUUUUUAUUGGAUGAUUUUAUUCCUGAUGAUCUGAUAAUUGUUUUUCAGAUAAUGGUUGAAGCAAUGACUAAAUGCGUAAGAGGUCGUUCAUGCUUGCGAUUACUGUUACUCGACAAUGUUCAACGUGUAUAGCUAUCUUUUUCUCGAUUGACAGGCACCAAUGCUUUGAACAUUAAUUGAGUCCUAAUUGUUGCGACUACCUCAAAUUAGCAUUAAAGUAUCGAUAAAAAAGUAGUGGAAACUAAAAGUUAGUGCUAGCGAAACAUUUCAUUCCUUUUUAACCAUUACCUGAAGAGAAUUUUUAAACAUUUCAUGAUAAAAUCUAAUAUUAAAUAUGUCGAAUAUCCAUACGAAUGGAAGAUAGUUCCAAAAAAGUGCAAUUUUUAAUGACGAAAAUAGGCAUAAGAUUUACUGGUUUUGAAGUAUAUUUUAUACCCUGGGCAUUUAUUCUGUGCACAAAGAUGUCUAAUGCACUUUUUUGUGCUGUUUGUUUUUCAUUUUUAUACCAAACACAUAAAAAAUAAUCGAAUUGUUUUUUGCAUAAUAUAUUAUCUAAAUAUCAUUAAAAUUUGACUGUGAUUAUGUUUAACUACUGUUAUGAUUUGAUCUAGUUUUAUCAUACCCAUCUGAGAAAUGUUGCUUACGAUUUGAUCAUUAGUUGACCAUGCACAAACGUUCUUUAGCUAGAAAAACAUGUGUAAAAUCAUUUGAGUGUUGCUACACGCUAUGAUAAAACGGGAAGGGAGUUUUGGGACUGUUUCAUCUUGCGCGCUGGCUAGUGCAUGCCAGUUCGAACACUCCACAAUUUUCCGAAGAAAGAACGUGUUUGGUCAGCUCUUCUUGCCCCAAUUUAAAAGGACCAUACACGCUAAGAGUACCAGCGAACAGCUCAACUCAUAUAAUAAUGGUCACAUCGUUAGCGUUAUAUUAUUGAAGACAUUUUAUAAUUAAUUUUUGUAUUCCCAUAAAUCCAUUACUCUAAAAUUAUGUCCAUAAGCUAUCAUGCUUGUAGUUCAUAUUGGUCAUUAUUCUGAAGAAUUACAUUUAUAGCACGCAACUACCGUCCUACAAACAAAUGUCAUAAAAAUAGGAAUUUGUUGUAUCAUACGCAAUUUUUUUCUGCUUAUUUCAUAGUGUAUUACAUAGAGAUUGGUGUUUUAUGUCUUUAUGAGACUUACAUUUUUAUUGUGAAUAUGAACUUCAGCUGUUAUAUUCCGAAGAUUUUAGCACUGAUCUCUCAAACAGGGUGAGAGGUUUUUUAAUGGCAGCCUUGCUACUAUUACCUUUUACGACGGCAAAGCUUUAGUAGAAGUGUUGCUGUUAAAGCACCACUUAGUUUUAUGUAGGUUUGAUGUAAUGUGAGUACAUGUUUUGCUUUUGACUCACUCAAUUGACAGUUACCUAUGUGACUGCGAUUGGUUUGGAACUACUGGAUGUACUUUUAUAAUGGAUCAUUCUUUUUUGUAAGAGUCAUAGACAUACGCAUACUCUAGGAUUAUUUUUGAUAGUAUUGGGCUCAUAGUAGGUCAUUUGAAGUUAUAUUGGAAAAUGUUGCCUUCAGGACGUUUUUCCGUAAUUCCUCUAUAACCUGUCCAUAAGUAACGCUAUUUUUUUAGUUUGUCAGAUACCUAUGGCGUUUUAUAUGAAAAUAUUUGUAAAAUGUACAUGAAAAUGGACAUAACAUAUUUUCAAAGGACCUUAUUUCUUUCCAAAGUUCAGAUUUAUCACACCGAACAUUACCUUUCCAGUGCGAGUCAGCCCAACUUUAAUGGAAGCUGUAUUUUAAAAAAGUUAAAAGUUGAAUAUAUUUUUUGAAUAAGA